AUGGCCUCGGCAUUGGCAGGAGACGACCUAGUCCGGUCGAUGAGCAAUGCCCGAUCGAUGAGCCGGAGGAACAUGAGUUUGGCAUCCGCAAGCAAAAGAGGUUGGGCCUCGGGUAGUAUCCGAGAGGCAUGGAACAAUCAAACUGAUGUUUUCCAACGAAGCGGGAGGGAAGAAGACGAAGAGGAGCUCAAAUGGGCCGCCAUCGAAAGGCUUCCGACCUACGAUCGUAUCCGACAAGCGAUACUGAAGAAUGUUCUGGACGAAGGAAAGAUCGGAUACGAACAAGUCGACAUCACGAAUCUCGACAUGAACAACAAGAAGAACAUCAUGGAAAGUGUACUUAGAGUUGCCGAAGAAGAUAACGAGAGGUUUCUUCUAAGACUUCGAGAGAGAACUGAUAGGGUGGGAAUUGAUGUUCCAAAAAUUGAUGUUCGAUUCGAGCAUUUAUCCAUAGAAGGAGAUGCUUAUCUUGGAACAAGGGCUCUCCCAACUUUGCUGAAUUCCACGUUAAACACUAUUGAGGGAGUUCUUGGAUUAAUCAAGCUUUUCCCCUCUAAGAAAAGAGUGGUUAAUAUACUUCGUGAUGUCAGUGGAAUAGUGAAACCAUCCAGGAUGACGCUGCUUUUAGGACCUCCGGGGUCUGGAAAAACUACACUAUUGCAGGCACUUGCAGGGAAAACCGAUACCGAUUUAAGGGUAUCAGGAAAAAUAACAUAUUGCGGCCAUGAAUUUCAAGAAUUCAUCCCUCAAAGAACAAGUGCUUAUAUAAGCCAGCAUGAUCUUCACCAUGGUGAGAUGACUGUAAGGGAAACAUUAGAUUUCUCAGGACGGUGCUUGGGAGUUGGGACACGAUACGAACUCUUGGCUGAGUUAUCAAGGCGAGAAAAACAGGCCGGCAUUAAACCGGACCCUGAGAUUGAUGCUUUCAUGAAAGCUACUGCCAUGGCUGGCCAAAACACUAGCCUGGUUACCGAUUAUGUGCUCAAGAUUCUUGGACUGGAUAUCUGUUCUGAUAUUAUGGUGGGUGAUGACAUGAGAAGGGGCAUAUCUGGUGGACAAAAGAAACGUGUGACCACAGGGGAAAUGUUGGUCGGACCGGCCAAAGCUCUUUUCAUGGAUGAGAUUUCAACCGGUUUGGAUAGUUCCACAACUUUUCAGAUUGUAAGGUUUAUGAAGCAGAUGGUUCAUAUCAUGGAUGUAACUAUGGUAAUCUCUCUUUUGCAACCUGCACCCGAAACCUAUGACCUUUUUGAUGACAUUAUCUUGCUUUCUGAGGGUAAGAUAGUGUAUCAAGGACCUCGAGAACAUGUUCUCGAGUUCUUCGAAAGCGUGGGAUUCAAAUGCCCCAACAGGAAAGGAAUUGCAGAUUUCUUACAAGAGGUGACUUCCAGGAAAGACCAGCAGCAGUAUUGGUGUAGAGAAAACGAACCUUACCGGUACGUAUCAGUACCAAAGUUCGUGGAACAUUUCAAUUCUUUCCAUGUAGGUCGAAAGCUCGAUGAUGAACUCCGGAUACCUUAUGAUAAGUCCGGAGCUCAUCAAGCUGCAUUGGUGAAAGAAAAGUAUGGAAUCUCAAACUUGGAACUUUUCAAGGCUUGUUUUGCGAGAGAAUGGCUACUGAUGAAGCGCAACUCUUUCGUAUACAUAUUCAAGACCACACAGAUUACCAUUAUGUCUGUCAUUGCUUUCACAGUGUUCUUCAGGACCAAAAUGGAAGCUGGUCAUAUAACAAAUGGAACAAAAUUUUAUGGUGCACUCUUCUUUAGUCUCAUUAAUGUCAUGUUCAAUGGGAUGGCGGAGCUUGCACUUACCAUAUUUAGGCUUCCAGUUUUCUUCAAGCAAAGGGAUUUCUUGUUCUAUCCGGCAUGGGCCUUCGCAUUGCCGAUUUGGGUCCUUAGGAUCCCCCUCUCUUUGGUAGAGUCUGGGAUAUGGAUCAUCCUCACAUAUUACACCAUUGGUUUUGCCCCAUCUGCUAGCAGGUUCUUUCGGCAAUUCUUGGCGUUCUUCGGCAUUCACCAAAUGGCCCUCUCUCUCUUUCGAUUCAUCGCUGCAGUCGGUAGAACACAGGUUGUGGCAAACACACUCGGAACAUUUACUCUGCUGGUGGUUUUUGUACUCGGCGGAUUUGUUGUUGCCAAAGAUGACAUCAAGCCAUGGAUGAUAUGGGGAUACUACAUCUCCCCGAUGUCCUAUGGACAAAAUGCCAUUGUCAUUACCGAGUUUCUUGAUAAAAGAUGGAGUGCUCCAUUAUACUCCAGCACCGUAGGGAAGGUUCUUCUCAAAUCCAGAGGCAUGUAUACAGAAGAGUUUUGGUAUUGGAUUUGUGUUGCAGCACUACUUGGAUUUUCUCUGCUUUUUAAUCUCUGUUUUAUUGCCGCAUUGACCUACUUGAACCCUCUGGGAGAUUCCAAAGCUGUUACUAUGGAAGAAGACGAUGAGAGCAAGAAGCAGUCGUCUUCCGAUGCACAGCCUAACUUAAAGUCCAUAGAAAUGAGUUCACCAUUGACCGAUAUGGCACUGAAUAAUAAUCUCGACAACUCGGUUCUUAGUGCUGCAAACCAAGCACCUUCAAAGAGAGGAAUGGUGUUACCUUUCCAACCCUUGUCACUUGCAUUUGACCAUGUGAAUUAUUAUGUUGACAUGCCUGCUGAAAUGAAGAGCCAAGGAAUCGAAGAGAAUCGUCUUCAAUUAUUACGAGACGUAAGUGGUGCUUUUAGGCCUGGUGUGCUAACAGCAUUGGUUGGGGUUAGUGGAGCAGGAAAGACCACCUUGAUGGAUGUUUUAGCAGGAAGAAAAACCGGUGGCUAUAUCGAAGGAAGUAUCAGCAUUUCUGGUUACCCAAAGAACCAACAAACUUUUGCUCGGGUUACCGGUUACUGUGAACAGAAUGAUAUCCAUUCUCCACAUGUUACUGUCUACGAAUCUCUCGUGUACUCUGCCUGGCUUCGUCUUGCCAAGGAUGUUAAUGCAGACACGCAAAAGAUGUUUGUUGAAGAAGUAAUGGAGUUAGUAGAGCUAAAUCCUCUCAAGAACUCUCUCGUUGGCCUUCCCGGAGUCGAUGGCCUCUCGACUGAACAAAGGAAAAGGCUCACAAUAGCUGUAGAAUUAGUUGCUAAUCCAUCAAUCAUCUUCAUGGAUGAGCCAACAUCUGGCCUCGAUGCCAGAGCAGCUGCUAUUGUCAUGCGUACAGUGAGAAAUACAGUGGAUACAGGAAGAACUGUGGUCUGCACCAUUCACCAACCUAGCAUAGACAUUUUUGAAGCCUUUGAUGAGCUAUUCCUGAUGAAAAGGGGUGGACAAGUCAUUUAUGCUGGACCUCUUGGUCGCCAUUCUCACAAACUUGUCGAAUAUUUCGAAGCUGUUGCUGGAGUUCCCAAGAUCAAAGAAGGUUACAACCCUGCAACAUGGAUGCUGGAAAUUAGUUCCACUGCUGUCGAGGCUCAACUCGAUGUCGAUUUUAGUGAGAUUUAUUUCAAAUCUGAGCUUUAUAGGAAAAAUGAGGAACUUAUCAAAGAUUUAAGCACCCCUGUCCCUGGAACUAAGGACCUUCACUUCCCCACUACAUACUCUCAAGACUUCUUUACUCAAUGCAAAGCCUGCUUCUGGAAGCAGUACAAUUCGUAUUGGAGGAACCCACAAUACAAUGCCAUUCGAUUCUUCAUGACGUUUUUCGUCGGUAUCAUAUUCGGAAUGAUUUUUUGGGACAAAGGAGAUAAGAUACACAAGGAGCAAGAUCUAAUGAACCUGUUGGGAGCUAUGUACUCUGCUGUCCUUUUCCUAGGAGCCACCAACACUUCAGCUGUGCAAUCCAUCGUGGCAAUCGAAAGAACAGUCUUUUAUCGCGAAAGAGCAGCCGGAAUGUAUUCACCAUUGCCUUAUGCUUUUGCUCAGGUAGCAAUAGAGGCAAUCUAUGUUUCGAUCCAGACAUUGAUGUACAGCUUAUUACUUUACUCGAUGAUCGGAUUCCAGAUGAACAUGGGGAAGUUCUUCUUGUUCUACUACUUCAUAUUGAUGUGCUUCAUGUACUUCACACUGUAUGGGAUGAUGCUUGUAGCUCUUACACCUAACCAUCAAUUUGCUGCCAUUGUCAUGUCCUUCUUCCUAAGCUUUUGGAACCUCUUCUCUGGUUUCCUCAUCCCCCGAACCGAAAUUCCAAUAUGGUGGAGGUGGUAUUAUUGGGCUUCACCAGUGGCAUGGACAAUCAAUGGACUUGUGACAUCCCAAGUGGGUGAUAAAGUUGAUCCUGUUGUGAUAACAGAAGAAACACAAAUGACAGUGAAGGCUUACCUUGAGACACACUUGGGGUUCAAGUAUGAUUUCCUUCCAGCCAUUAUUGCAGCUCAUAUUGGAUGGGUGCUUCUGUUCUUAUUUGUCUUUGCAUAUGGAAUCAAGUUCCUUAACUUCCAAAGGAGAUGAGGAAAAUGCCCCCAAUUUCUCUUUGUUUGCAUGAAUAAUUGUCAAGGGAUUUAACCAUUCUAAUUUGUUCUUCUUUUAUAUACAUUCGCAUCGUAAUAUGUUGUUCUUUG